AUGCAAUCUAUUUCUACAUUUUUGAAUGCUUUGACUGGUUUUAUCUAUCUAUCUAUCUAUCUAUCUAUCUAUCUAUCUAUCUAUCUCUCUCUCUCUCUCUCUCUCUCUCUCUCUAUAUAUAUAUAUAUAUAUAUAUAUAUAUAUAUCCGUUCAUCUAUCUAUCUAUCUAUCUAUCUAUCUAUCUAUCUAUCUAUCUAUGUAAGCCUGAAAUAUCUACUUUUAUUCAUGUCUAUCUAUCGUGAAGCCUCAAAUAUACCAGGAAUUUCUUUAAAAACACUCAUUGGUUUGGUUUCAACCAGAGAUCUAUCUAUCUAUCUAUCUAUCUAUCUAUCUAUCUAUCUAUCUAUCUAUCUAUGUCUGUUCCUCUAUCUAUCUAUCUAUCUAUCUAUGUCCAAAAUUUAUGUCAUAUAUCUAUGUAUGUCCAAUAUCAUUAGUUAUUGCUUUGGCGCCAUAUUGUCUUUCAUUCUGUUUUCCUUUCUCUGUUUACUGAUAUUAACAUGCCACUCUCUCUUCUUCUUCUUCUGUCUGUCUGUCUGUCUGUCAGUCUGUUGUAGUAUGAUCAUAUCUACCAAUAUAUCAUGCCUUCUUUUUUUCAUUCUUCUUUCCGUUUUCAUUUUCCCAUCUAUCUAUCUAUCUAUCUAUCUAUCUAUCUAUCUAUCUAUCUAUCUAUCUAUCUAUCUAUCUAUCUAUCUAUCUAUCUAUCUAUUUCAUUCUGUUAAUUAUCUAUCUAUGUCCCAUGUCAUUAGUUAUUGCUUUGACGCCAGAACUGCCAGCCCCCAGGAUAAUAAGAAAUAUGAUCUUUUAUUCUUCUUUUCUUUGAAUAUUACACCCUCCUUCCACUUCAUAGCUUUCUUUCUAUUUAUUCCAAUAUUCUUUCUUUCUUUCUAUUCUAUCUAUCUAUCUAUCUAUCUAUCUAUUGGAGAAUAUGAUAUAUAA